AUGUCUGAUCCCCCCAAGUCUCUGUUCGGCGACGGCGGCAAGAUCAUUGUGCCCAUGCCGAAGGGCAAAGCAAGUGUCGCGAGCGAGCCAGCUAUUACCGGAGUCAACACCGAGAAGAGGUUUACCUUGACUCAGCCAGAUGACAAAGAUGUCAAAGACGCCGCCGCGGCUACCAAUGCUGCCAAACUUGAGGGCGAGUUCGCUUCUAUCGGUCCUCUGACCAUACUAACGGCCUCAGAACUUGUAGGGCAGAUCGUCCAGAACCUUGGAAGCCGCGGAUAUACCCUCCACAGCAUUGGCCCCAAUCCGUGCUACCAGCCUGCUAGCAAGGUCUUCCGAUCCCACAGUGACAAGCCUCGCAACGCUACUAGCUGCUCCAAGUUUCUGCCCAACGAGGUUGUUGGCGAGAUCGGCAGUGAACUAAACGUCCACGAUCUGAACAGCAUGCGCCUAGCAAGCAAGCGACUCAACUAUGCUGUCAACUUCCAGUAUGGUAAGAAGAUCAUGGUGACAGAAAACGUUACCAUCUUUCCUACCUUCUCAAGCAUUGCUUCAUUCUUGGUUGGUCUUGGUUUGGAUGACGCAUAUCCUGCUACUGUGCGCACCAUCACUUUGGUCGGAGAAGCACCCAAGACACCAGAGUUGAGCUACGACAUAUCAUGGAUUAACCUGCUGCGCGCCCACCCGGAUCCGAAUCGCCAGAUCGUACCUCUUACGCGCCUGAACCGCGCGACGCUGAACUCAAGCGAGUACAUCGAGGCUCAGAAGGUCCGUGACACCGAUCGACGCAUCGUCUUGUCUGUCAACGACAAGCACGAAGAGUGGGACUACAUCAACAAAGACUUCUGUUACACUGGCGGCUACCGUACGAUGCUCAGCAUUAUGCUCUCCAAGCUCCCUAAUCUGAAGACCAUCACCACUCGCAAGCUCCACGUAGGUGAGCACAUUCCUGGUUGGGAGGGACCCGAGGCCUUGAAGCACCUGUCCUACUAUCGCCCUGAUCUCCCCAUCAACGAGGUCUACUAUGGCGACUGGCAGUACGACACCGUCCACAAGCGCAUCACCAUGUACACCGAUGAGUACGGCGAGUACAUCGAGGAGGCUAAUGCUGGUCCCCAAGCUGGUUUCAAGGAAGAUGUCCUCGCCGCUAUGCAGAUGUCUGGUACCUCGGCUAUGCUUGCAUAG